CUGCCCAGUUUAUGCUGAGCUACCGUCGUACUGUAAGCUGAUCUUGCCUCAAGGCUCUAACUGUUGCAAAGAGCCUGUUUGUACCGUCAAUGGGAAGAACGUGACUGGUGAAGUCCCGAUCGGAACAGUUCAGACCAAAGGUGGCUCCAGCGCUAAGAGAGAUGUCAAUCCAACGACAGGCAAAGGUAUUUGUAACUACAAGGGUCAGCCCUACCCGGCUGGAGCGACAUGGUUUGAUGGCUGUGACUUCAGUUGUAGCUGUGCCCAGGACGGCAGCUAUUAUACUUGUGUGUCCAGAUGCCCCAGCUACCCUGCAUCUGGUGCCGUCUCUGCCAACUGCCAGACGGUGACAGUCCCCGGUCAGUGCUGUCCCGUCCUGCACUGCGACAUCCCAGGAGUGGGCAAGUACUCCCCAGUGCCCGACAUGUUGACCGUACCAGUCGUCCCACCCCCGAAACCUGGCCAGCCGGGCAAGACGGCAUCGGGACUUCCUCAGAUCUGGUUGGUCCCCGGCGUAAACUCAAACAAGCCCACGCUUCCCGGAGGGGGGUACGUGAUACCGAGUACAUCACCCGGUCUGACCGGCCUCCGAGACAAAUGUGUGUACAGCAACCAUCUGUAUGAUGAAGGGGACACCUGGUACGCUGGCUGUGAUCUCAUCUGCACAUGUCUCGAUGCGUUCACUGGACACUACACGUGCGAUCAUGAAUGCCCUACAUUUGAGGCAAAACUCCUUCCUUCUGGCUGUAGCCUGGUCCAGUCUGGCUGCUGCCAGAUGCCAACGUGCAGGAUGCCCAAUGGUACAGUGUUCGAUCCUGUGGCUAAGCCUGAGCCGACCAUGCCUGUUGUCAACGGAGUGGGUGGUGGUUUUACAGGAACAAAGCUCGGCUUCACGGGCAACUCCUCGUUCAUCUCAGGAGCCAGAAAUGGCUGCGUUUUCAAGACCAAAUUCUACAACACGGGUGACAAAUGGUCUGAUGGAUGUGAACACGAAUGUGAGUGUGUUGAUGGAAACAUUGGCCUCUACAAAUGUAUCGAAAACUGCGUGAAAUACGAGAAUGUGCCCCCUAACUGCCAAGUUGUGGAUGUUCCAAACGAAUGUUGCAAGACAGUCUCCUGCAAAAAGAGCCUUCCGAUUACCCUUGCUACUACGACCUUGGCUACCACGACCUUGGCUACCACGACCUUGGCUCCCACGACCACACCCGUGACCUCAGCCUCACCCACCUCUGUUGUUGUUACCACGGCCACAAUGAUGACAAGCUCAGCCCCGUGUUCUGAUGUAGCUCCCAACUGCCAGUCCUAUGGCCCGAGCGCCUGUAAAGCACCGUACCUCGAGUGGGCAAAGAUAAACUGUGCUCUCACCUGUGGCAUUUGUCAAUCAUCUACCACCCCAGCCACUGUUUGUGAAGAUCUUGAGAAUUGCCAACAGUAUGGGGCCAAUGUUUGCACUGAUUUCCAGUCGUGGUCAGAAAUCAACUGUAAAAGACUCUGUGGAUAUUGUGGUAACAGUGCGAUCACAGUAACUACCCCUCCAAUGACCACACAGAGCACAGCGCCAAGAUGUGUAGACAAGCUGCAGUGUGAUGAGUACGGCCCCUACAUCUGUACACAGCCUGACUACAGCCAGUGGGUGCUGCAGAACUGCCAGGCUUACUGUAGCUUGUGCCAAG